ACCUCCAACGAACGGGGACUUUACUGCCGUACUACUCAGACACGUCCAAGACCCUUCUGUGCCCGCUCAUGGCAGCGUUUCUUUUCUUGUAUCUAACACUAAACAAGCGCACCCAGCAAUAGACCGUGACGCGGAAGUAGCCUCUGUCAAAUACCUUACCAGCACUGCUUAUCAGAGGAGGGAGCUUUGGUAAGUAGCUACGCGACGUCUGCAGUUCUCAAUUGGAAAUGAUUCGGGCAUAUUAAGCAGUAACAGCAACAGGACGUUGGGGGGUGUGACAGCUAAAGUUUGCUGCGCUGUUUCGUGACGUGGAACAUAACUGAAGUCCACCGGGUGCAGCAGCCUUCAGACACCAAACUACACAUACAUGUCGUUCAUACACUAAGCUGACUGUUCACAGAUCAGCAGGGCCAGCUCCCGCCCCGUGGCUGGAAUAGAGCCGGUUCCCACACAGAUAGAGAUCAGGCACCGGAGGACAUUUUCUUUGGUGGUCAUUUCUCAAUAAUUUAUUGUGCAGCCCCCCUGGGACAGGAAAUGAUGCUGCAGAGGCCGUCAGCAGACAGCAGUGGCUCCAGGUUCACUCCUCUGGUGGUGGUGGAGCUGGCCUCCGACACUAAGGAGGAAGCCAUUGAAUGGCUACUGAGCAGGAUAAGAGACCAACAAAAGAAUGGAGGUGCUGAACUGUUAGUGGAGCAGCUGGGCCUUGGAGUUGGGGCUCAGGAGAAGGAAAACCCCAACAUGUUUCUGGUAGGGGCCCCCUGGCAGAGGCUGCUCUCUGGUGCUGAGGAUGUCGGCCUCUUCAAGGAGUUCAGUGAUGGAUCCAUGAGGGGCUUCACCUGUGCCAACAAACAGAACUUCAAAGAUUUUAAAGGGGAUGGAGACAGAUUCCUCAGCAUGGCUGAGUGUCAGUACAUCAUUAAACAUGAGCUGGACACAUUAAGAGCCAAAGAUGAAACUCAUGUACCAGGAUACACCCAGGUCAAGCUCUACCCUGGGAAAUCUAUCAUUCGUAGACUGCAGUCCAAAGGGAUCCUGAUCCAAAUUUUUCCUCUCCAUGAAAAGGAGGAACUUAAGAGACUGUCUUUUUCUUGGUACAAAAAGGUGAAGUUGUCCCCUCAGCCUCUUGAUGACAUCAGACACUACUACGGUGAGGGUCAGGCCUUCUACUUUGGCUUCCUGGAGUACUUUACCUUUGCCCUGGUGCCUAUGGCCCUCAUUGGGGUGCCUUACUAUCUGUUUGACUGGGAGGACUACGACAAAUACGUGGUCUUUGCUGUGUUUAACUUGAUCUGGUGUACUGUUAUUCUGGAGUUAUGGAAGCGGUACAGUGCCUCACUAGCUUACUGCUGGGGCACACUGAGCAGGAAGAAAGCCUUUGAAGAACCUCGGCCUGGUUUCCAUGGUGUGCUGGGGUUCAACCCUGUGACGGGCCGUGAAGAACCUCUUUACCCCAAUGCCAAGAGGCAGCUGCGUAUCUACCUUGUAUCCCUGCCCUUUGUCCUGCUCUGCCUCUACCUGUCCCUCUACGUCAUGAUGAUCUACUUUCAGAUGGAGGGAUGGGUACUGUCAGUCCAUGAUGAAGAGCCCACAUUCUGGACAGGAGUACUGUUGUUCAUCCCCAGUAUUAUCUAUGCUGUGGUCAUAGAGGUUAUGAACCUCAUUUACAGAUACGCUGCUGAGUUCCUCACAGAGUGGGAAAACCACAGGCUAGAGUCUUCAUAUCAGAAUCACUUGGUCCUCAAAGUAUUAAUAUUCAACUUCUUCAACUGUUUUGCUUCGCUGUUCUACAUCGCCUUUGUCAUGCAGGACAUGGUGCUGCUCAGACAGAGUCUGGCCACCCUGUUGAUCACCAGUCAGAUCUUGAAUCAGUUCAUGGAGGCCUUCCUGCCCUACUGGCUCCAGAGGAGACGCAACAAGAAGAUGAUCCACAAAGUCCAGAAGAGAAGAACUCUGGAGGACAAAGAAAUUCCUCAGGUUGAGCAGGUCCGGCUGGAGGCUGACAUGAGCACAUACCUAGGUACAUUUGAUGACUACUUGGAGCUGUUCCUGCUCUUUGGUUAUGUUAGUCUGUUCUCAUGUGUCUACCCUUUGGCCGCUGUCCUAGUGGUGUUGAAUAACAUCACUGAAAUUUAUUCUGAUGCCUUCAAGAUGAGUCGUGUGUUCAAACGACCCUUCUCCGACCCAGCAGCAAACAUAGGAGUCUGGCAGCUAGCCUUUGAGGCCAUCAGCGUAAUAGCGGUUGUGACCAACUUUGCACUGAUUGGCAUGUCUCCACAAGUCAAGGCUUACUUCCCCAACUCAGAGACACAGCUCAUAUUGUGGACAGUGGCUUUCGAGCAUGGACUGCUUGCCUUCAAGUUCAUACUGACCUUCCUCAUCCCGGAUGUUCCCAAACACAUCCAGAUCAAACUGGCCCGCCUGGAGUUUGAAUCACUGGAGGCCCUCAAGAAAAAGAGACAGCUCCAUGGAGGAAAAUGCUUGAAGCCUCGGAGCUCAAUAAGAUGGUGCAGUGAGGAGGAGAGGAGAGCAUACAAAUACUGACGGACAUCUAACCGCUGCUUCACACAGAUUUAACAGAUCGUACUGUUGAUUACAUUGACAAGCUUACACAAAUUCAAAUGUAUGUCUUGUAACAAAACAACAUUAUUUUUGGAGUUUGUGUGGCUGGUUUUCAUGCACAGGUGUGUUUUUUAUUUAAUAUCUAAAUAUCUUUAAUAUCUAAUAUCUUCACAGCUUCGCAGGAGUUUAUGGCAAAAAUGGGUCAAACAGUGGUUUACUAUUCCAAGAGCUGAAAGGCAGAUGACGGUUUAAGGUCCACAGCUGUGUAGCAGAUGUAUUAUAUUGGUCUCUAAAUGAGAUGUACUGUAAUGAGGUUUUAUUUUGGCAUGGUGUAAACAUGGGAUAAAUGGAAUAAAAUUGGUAAAAGCCGUGUGUUGAAAUCACA